AUGGAGUCGGGUUCCAGUGGGUAUGACAAUGACAGCGAGCCCAUUGAGCCUGCGCCCCUCGACAUGCUCGAGGACCACGACUUCGCCGGCUUUUCCGACUAUGGGACUUCACUCGGGACCUCCGGUUUCACCUCGCUGGCCUCCUACGUCCUGCGUCACUCCCAUCAAGAUGGCCGGCGCUACCAGUCCUUCCGGCCGGGCGAGUACCCCAUCCCCAACGACGACAUCGAGCAAGAGCGAGAGGAGAUGAAGCACCAGAUGAUCAAGAGACUCUUUGACGGCAAUGACUACCUCGCCCCCAUCGGCGAUCACCCGCAGAGGAUCCUCGACAUCGGGACAGGCGUCGGCUUAUGGGCCAUUGACGUGGCCGAUAAGUUUCCCAGUGCCCAGGUCAUCGGCGUCGACAUCACGCCGAUCCAGACGAGCUGCAUACCGCACAAUGUCAUAUGGAGGAUAGACGACAUUCAGAACACCACGUGGGACCCUCCAUAUGCCAACCUUGACUUUGUUCACCUUCGAUCCGUCACAGUCAUCUUGUCUGAUCCAGUGGGCGUACUGGAAUCGACGUUCAAACACCUCAACCCGGGGGGUUGGGUUGAGCUUCAGGAUGUCGGAUCCAACAUCUUUUGUGACGAUGACACCAUGCCGUCAAACCACCCAAUGCUCCAUUUCAUGGAUCGCUUCGUCAACAUGUUCGGUCCCGCUCACCGAUGCAGUCUUGGCAUCAUGUCCACCAUUCAUGAAGAUCUCGAGCGCAUCGGCUUCACGCAUAUCCACGUACGCCGGCACAAGAUGCCCAUCGGAGCGUGGGCCAAGGAUAGAAAGCGCCGCGAGAUUGGUCUCUUCAUGAGCAAGCACGUUCUCUGGCAACUGGUGCGUGCCGUGCUCGUCAAGUGGCCGGAGAUGGGCCUCCAGUCGAAACAGGAGGCUGAGGUCUUGGAGCACGAGAUCAGAAAAGCCUUCGAAGACCCUGGAAUCCACGCCUACCUGCCGUGGUACUCAGUGUGGGCACAAAAGCCGUACACAUGA